AUAAAACAACAAAGUGGAAAAAUUACGUCAGUCUGGUAACCCAGCGGUGCAGCUGAUGAAGGACGUCUUUAGUUCGUCGGUCUGCGAAAAAUCAAAUAGAAUUUUCCUCCAUAUUUGUUUUGUGGUGCACUUUGCACAAAUAAUUGUUUAAAUAAAGUGUUGUAAACCAUACAUUGUGGCUAAGGUAACGCCUUACCCGAGCAUGAGUUAUUCCGGAAGGAAUAAAUUCGAGAUCGCUCGGUAUUCGGCCGAGGAUGAAAACCACAUCAACCGCAAGCUCCCGAAGGAGCUGCUGCUGCGCAUCCUCUCCUACCUGGACGUGGUCUCCUUGUGUCGGUGUGCACAGGUAUCAAAACUAUGGAACAUACUAGCGCUAGAUGGCUCCAACUGGCAGAGAAUAGACCUGUUUGAGUUUCAAAGGGAUGUUGAGGGUCCAGUAAUCGAGAACAUAUCACAAAGAUGCGGCGGUUUCCUCCGGGAACUGUCCCUGAGAGGCUGCGAAAGCAUAGGGGACUCCUCCAUCAAGUCUCUGGCACAUUCGUGUCCAAACAUCGAGUAUCUGAACCUGAACAAAUGCCGUAAGAUUACGGACGCGACCUGCCAGGCGCUCGGCAAGAAGUGUAAGAAGCUACAGCGUAUAAACCUGGACUCGUGUUCCAACAUCACAGAUGUGUCACUGAAGGCUUUGUCGGACGGAUGCCCGCUCCUUACACAUGUGAAUGUGUCAUGGUGUCAGUUGAUCACUGAGAACGGAGUGGAGGCCCUCGCGCGCUCGUGUCCUAGACUGAAGACCUUUAUAUGCAGAGGUUGUAAGAACGUAAACGACAAAUGCGUAUCAACGCUGGCCACGUUCUGUCCCGAGCUACAGGCGCUCAACGUACAGGGAUGUGAUCAACUGACGGACGAGUCAAUAAGCAAGCUGGGGUCGGGCAUGCGGCGCCUGUGCGUGUCGGGCUGCGGCCGCCUCACGGACGCGGCGCUGGCCGCGCUGGCCGCGCGCUGCCCCGACCUCGUCACCCUCGAGCUGGCGCAGUGCACGCAGCUCACUGACGCCGGCUUCCAGGCCUUGGCCAGGAGCUGCAGAAUGCUGGAAAGAAUGGAUCUCGAGGAGUGCGUGCUGAUCACCGACGCCACGCUCGUACAUCUCUCCAUGGGCUGCCCGCGCCUAGAGAAACUGACGCUCUCCCACUGCGAAUUGAUAACAGACUACGGCAUCAAACAACUCUCAAUGUCGCCCUGUGCGGCCGAGCAUCUCACAGUGUUAGGUCUGGACAAUUGUCCCCUGGUGACUGAUGGAGCGCUGGAGCACCUCAUCUCCUGCCACAACCUGCAGCUCAUUGAGCUGUAUGAUUGUCAGAUGGUCAGCAGGAAUGCUAUACGGAAGUUGAGGAACCACCUGCCGCACAUAAAGGUGCACGCGUACUUCGCCCCGGUGACUCCGCCCAUGGCGGGCGGCGGCGCCCGGCCGCGGUACUGUCGCUGCUGUAAUAUUAUAUGAACUGAUAUAAUAUUCACUAUUGUCAAGAUGGGACUCGUACCCGCAACAGAACGCAGUGGCAUACACCGACCGCUCAACUUGAACCAACAGUGUCUAACAUACAAUAUUUUAAAGUAUGUAUGUAUGAUUGUAAGCAUCUAUCUUCUAAACUUCUAGACCAAUUUUGAUACAAUAAAAUACUAUUUGACUUAAUAAAAAAAUGUUACCGACACCUCUGUCUUAAAAAGCGAUGUUUAUAUAGAAAUCGUCAUAAUUGUUGUAUCAAAAGAGCCUUGCAAAAAUAGCACUUAUUUCCUAGUAAAUAAAGUCGAUUAUAUUUGACUGAUUCUGUCACUUUUCGCUCAAGACUUGAAAAAAAAAUUACACUGAGGAUGGUUUGCAAAAAAGUUGUCAACAGGUUUCUGCCACUGAGCUGCUGACUGUACUCUCGAGCAACGAGAAAUUUUAUUUAAUAAUUAUUUUUUGUGUAUAAAAAAUACCCCGAAUUUUCGAUUUUUUUGCGAACUCUACAUUUUUCGAAAUGUAUCGACGAAUUUAAUGUUUUGACUGCUUAUUGUUAAUACAGUCGGAAUUAAUAUGAUUUUCUUUACUAAAUAAGCUUUUUUCAAAAUAUACUUAGGUAGGUAUCGGAUUUUCGAUACUUCACCCAUAUAUUGUACGUUAAUUUUACUAAAAUAUAUGGUUAAGUCUAAAAAAUAUUUUCUGACUUCAUUAAUACAAUAUUUUUGUGAUCUCCAAUAAAAAUAUUACAUUCUAUUUCUGCUACACGUAUCGAAAAUCCGAUACCUGAACCAAAUUUUGAAAAAUUUCGGGGACACGUGAUAUUUAUAUUUCUUUUUUCAUAUGAAAAUAAAAUCGUUCAGUAGUUUUUAAGUUGAAAUGUAAAACGAACUUACAUUUAGAACAAUAUCGAUGCCGAAUUCGCAAUUGUACAAAAUGAUUUUUUAAUCAUCGGCCGGAUAUACGACUCUGGCGAAUAUCAUUGAAUACGUCCUUUUCACCAACAGCCUAUAAGUGGCCACUGUUGACCAAAGGCCUCUUCUCACACGGAGAAGGUUUGAGCAUUAAU